UACGUUAUCAAAGAGAUAAUAAUGUGUUGCUAAUGUUACACAAACCAUGCUUCCGUUCACCAUCUCAUUCUGCCUUCUAAAAAUCAGUAGGUCUAUCCUUAGAAAUGCUUUGAACAACUUAGAACAUCAGUGGAGGAAGGCAUAUAGUUCAUCAUAACAUUGUAAUAUACAUCAUAUACAUAAUUGACCCACUAUAUUGCUAAAUGUAUCCGAUUAUUCAUAUCAACAGAACUAUGCUUCACAGCGUAGUUAAUGAUAUGCUAAUGGCUGCCCCGCACAUUGACGGGAUUGGUUACAACAUAUUUGUGAUGUAGAGAAAAAGGGUAAUUUCAAGAGCUUGUGUUUGGUUCACUGCAGUUUUAAGGAGAAAAUAAUCAGCAAUGGUGUUGACUUGUGAAUUUGCACAUGGUUUGUUUUAAAAUCAUACACUACAUACACAUAUAAACAACAUUAAAAACUUUCACCACAGGGGGUCUUUAAAGAAAAAAAAACUAUUAAGUACCAUAAUGAUGUACUGUUACAGUUAAAUUGUACUAAAACGUAAAGUUUUACCAAGUUUUUUUCUUUGGAAGUACCUUUAAGUAUCAUUUAAAUACCAUGGGAUAUGAAUAUGGUAAUCAAACUGUAGUAUGCGCAUAUAAUACAAAAUAAAGUACAAAAAAAUCCCAUGAUAUUUACAUAUAAAAAUUGACAUAUGAAUACUGUGGUAUAUAAAUAUUGUAAAACAAUAGUAUUGCCAAACAUUAUGGCAUAUAACAAAUGAAAAGUUUCAUGUUAUGCAUCCAAUAAGUUGUUGAACAUGCAUUAUUUCAGACAUAAACAGGAAAAGAUAAAUAGAUAUAACCCCCCACACAAUGUACACUGGAUAUAUGCUGGCAGCUUAUUAUAUUUCACUUUAAAAAGGCCACAGACUGCAUGAACCACCCAGUUCACAUAUCCUACAGCUCUCGUCUGUGUUUAAGGGCCGCCUGGUGUCUAAUAACACCACAUUCAUUGUAUGUGGGUGGAUACGCAGUAGUGGCUCCUAAGGGUCAGCUUCCUCCGAGGCUUUAUUUUUGGAUUCUCUGUAGCGUGGCAUCAUAGACUCUAAUUUCACCUGCUUGCCAGCUCCUGUGGUCAUCCAUCCUGGGACCAUCCAUGCUUCAGUGCAGCUCCAUCGUGGCAUUAGGAAGAGCAACAGCCCAUCACAGGGUUUGUCCAAGUCGCUUGGCACUUUCCCAGGAUUCUGCUAUGGAAAAAUGGCAUGCAUAUGAGUUUCCACUCCCUGUCUGCCAGAGCGCUGUUUUCUCCAUGUAGGCGAAAGCUAAUGAGAUGACAAAUGUCGAUACGUUAAUAGCAAAGAAACAAAAUGAGUAAUACUGUAUAUAUUUAAUAUUCUGUCACUAAUCAAUUAUGUGACAUUGAUCUUGCUGUUCUUUGAUUAAAGCACUUUAGAUCAUUCUGGAGAACAUGAUCUUCAAGUUUUACACUACUUGAGUCUUGAGAUGACAUGAAAUCCAUAAGUUUGUGUUGUCAUUAAAACAGAAAAAAUAACCCGAAAUAUAUAUAAAAUUAGUAUAUAAUCGGCCUAUUCAGGUUAAUUUAUUUUAAAAUUCAAAUUUAUAUGUAUAUCGCUUUUCACAAUAGGCCUAAAUAAUGUAACAAUGCAUAUUUUUAAAGCAGCUUCACAGAAAAUUCACGAUUUAAUGUUAGAAGGAAUUAGUCAGAGAUUAGUCAAAUAUAAUAUUAAACAAUAAAUAAUAUAAGAUAAUACACAUUAUGUGGUUGGUAAGCAGCAUUUUUUCAAUUAAGAAGACACAAUGAACAUAUUAGGCAACGAUUUCAGGCGAUUUCACAGCUCUCUAGAAUACUCGGUUCUGAUUGGUCAAUUAUUGGUCGUUUGUGGCACCGCUAUGAGGGUUUGUGAAGUUUGUGUAGCCAUAUAUGAAGCACAGCUCACACAGAGGUCCAUUUUAAACCGAGCAUGACUGGUUUGAAAAUAUUUCUCUCGCGAAAAUUCGACGAAUAACAGUAAACGUGACCGAACUGAAAUCGACGCUACAUUCUUCUUUCUCAUCUCAUAGAUACCAGCACUUGCUUCAAGCUCGUGCUCUCUCGUAAAAACGUAACGGCGCCAUCUUGCUUUCAGUUUUAUACUGUAGUGAAAAUUACCUCAGAGGACUUCAGUAGUAAUAUUACUAUAAACAGCGUUGCAAUGUUCAUCUUUUGCAAGGCGGAGCUGAUGGCUUACUGAGUUUCACGCUUAGAUCUUCACAACCAACAGAGGCAUCGAAUUUGGCACCUAUGAAAGAAAUGCAAAGUGAUGUCACUGCCAGCAUUACCAAUGAGGAUUCAUCUGCUGUGUAAAUACCAUUAUUUGCUCUGUGAUUUCUUGCCAAAGAUGACUCGCCCCAUCCAGGUGAAGCCGGCUGACAGUGAGAGUCGUGGAGACAGGAAGCUGUUCGUCGGGAUGCUGAACAAACAACAGACGGAGGAGGACGUGUACCGUCUUUUUGAACCCUACGGAGUCAUUGAGGAGUGCACUGUGCUAAGAGGUCCGGACGGAAACAGCAAAGGCUGUGCCUUUGUAAAGUUCUCCACACACGCUGAAGCUCAGUCCGCAAUCAGCGCCCUGCACGGCAGUCAAACCAUGCCAACUGGCUCCGAUUCUCUCCUCCCUCAGGGCGCGUCGUCCAGCCUGGUGGUCAAGUUUGCCGACACGGACAAGGAGCGCACCAUCCGUCGCAUGCAGCAGAUGGUGGGCCAGUUUGGCAUCUUCAACCCUGCCAUCGCCCUGCCCUUCAGCACCUACAGCACCUACGCACAUGCGCUGAUGCAGCAGCAGGCGGCCCUCAUGGCUGCCAGUCACGGAGGCUACCUGGCACCCAGCGUGGCCUUUCCCACCACCCAGAUCCACCAGAUGGGGGCGCUCAAUAUCAACAGCCUGCCGCCCACCCCCAUGACCCCGGUGUCGGGUGAGUUUCAUCAGACACUGGCAGGCCUCAGCUCACCGCCUGCCAACAUCACCACAUCAGCCGUCCCCAGCAUUGUCACUCCUAUCGUCAACGGCUUUACCAGCAUCCCUCACCAGCCCAAUGGACACCCUGCAGUCGAGGCUGUGUACACUAACGGAUUGCCCCCUUACUCCACCCAAAGUCCCACGGCUGCGGACACCCUACAGCAGGCCUUCACUGGGGUGCAGCAAUAUACAGCCAUCUACCCUGCGACCACACUGACCCCUAUUGGCCAAAGCUUGCCACAGCCACAACAAGUCAUUCAACAGCAGCAGCAGAGAGAAGGUGAGGGUCCAGAGGGCUGCAACCUCUUCAUCUACCAUCUACCGCAGGAAUUUGGUGACAACGAGCUCAUGCAGAUGUUCCUUCCAUUUGGUACAGUCAUCUCCUCCAAGGUCUUCAUGGAUAGAGCCACCAACCAGAGCAAAUGUUUUGGCUUCGUGAGCUUCGACAACCCAGCAAGUGCACAGGCUGCUAUCCAGGCCAUGAACGGAUUUCAGAUCGGCAUGAAGAGGUUGAAAGUGCAGUUAAAACGGCCGAAGGAUGCGAGCCGCCCGUACUGACAGGGCCCAACCCACACAGGGCUCUCAGUAACAGCACAGGAUUUGAAGAGUGAAAUCUCAAAAGGAAUUUAACUUUUUCUUUCAAAACAAACAAGAACAACAUGAAUGGAUUUUUUUGAAGACAUAUCAGCAUUUAUUUUAUGAAGAUGUUCGGUACAGAGGAGGGUUGCGGGUGAACCGGCACCAGUGGACAAACCACACUCGGCACAGCGCUCGAAAGACAAGAGGAAGAUCUCUCUUAAGACAGAGAACUCAACAUGUCCUGUCUCUCGCUGAGCUUCGAACCGUCAGUCAAGCAACUAACAAAAAGAAAAAAAACAAGCGAGAACAACU